AUGUCAUCCGAAAAAGAAUAUAAACCAGUCACAGUAGAUAAGCCAAUCCCCAACACAUAUGAUCUUGGGAAUUUGGCAACAUUUGAUCCAAAUCCUCUUGAUAAUGAUAAAUUAAAAAAUGAAGCUGAAAAGGAAAAAUAUUUAACAUCAAUAACUCGUGAUAAUGUACAAUUAUUAAUUAAUCAAAUCUUAUCACUUCCAGUCAAAACCACUACUGAAACUCAUGGAUCUUCAACUGGUCAAAAUUCAACUAUGACUUUGAUUCAGUUACCUGAACCAACUACUCCCUUACCUAGAGAAAAAGCCAUUCCUAAAGCCAAAGCACCAACCAAAUGGGAACAAUUUGCAGCUAGAAAGGGUAUUAAAGCCAAAGCCAAGGAUGGUAAGAUGGUUUAUGACGAAGCUACUGGUGAAUGGGUACCUAAAUGGGGAUAUAAGGGUAAGAAUAAAGAGUUGGAUGAUCAAUGGUUGGUUGAAGUUGAAGAUAAAGUUAAGAAUACUCCUGAUGAAUUAAUUGAUCCAAGAACUUUAAAACGUGCUGAAAGAAAGAAAUUGAUUAAGAAGAAUGAAUUACAACAUAAACGAAAUUUAAAGAAUCAGGCUCAAUAA